AGACCUGUUCGAACAAUCGCUAGUGGUUUUAAUGUGUUAUUGAACUCUGAUCUCAGCGGUUAUUGAUAAAUCAGUUCAGUAGUUUUUCAACUUCUCUAUCGAGAGUUUGUGUUAGAUAGUCUUCAGUAGGUUUUGAAAACCUCUAUCGAAAGCUAGUGUUAGAUAGACCUGGUCCACAAAACUUUGAUUUUGUUCUAAAUUGAUUUUCCUUGUUUUCAGUUUCUUUUUUUUCCUUCUUUCUCUCAUCAAAUUGAACCCUAUAAACUUAUUCUUUCUCUUCUCAACUCGGAGUCUAAGUGCUAGAACUAUCAACAAGUGUGUUUGCGAUAUAUUUACGUUUCAGAAAUGCUUCUUAAAUUUAUUUCGUUGACUUUUUGCAUGGUGCAAGCCAGCGCUCACCGUCCCAACACAUUUUAUUUCACCCAAAAAUCUGCCCAGAAAACUGUGAGCGUUAUAGAGGGUGUCGCGAAAAGCACGGACUCUUGGACAGCCAGAGGUUACUUCGAUAACAAAGUGAACCGAACCGGCUUCGGGUAUUUGGAAAUUGAGACUAAUAUAAAAUUCGACAGCGUGUCUCAGGCCUACCAUGCGGGGUAUUUAGAAGGUUUUCUAACAGCUGAUUUGAUCUACAGUCGGUGGUAUAAUAUGGUGAGGGAUUGGUGCAAGGAUGACAGGCAAAAUUGUGAUAAAAUCAACAAGUUUAUCGAGAAAAACUCGAUUUGGAUAACUGAGAAAUUUGAGAAAAAUGGUAACGAGACGUACUGGUAUCAGCUUAAGCUGUUUUAUGUUCAGCUGUAUGGGAUGGUGGAAGGCUACAACUCAAAUACUAAACAUGACAAAUUGGGUUUAGCUGAUAUCAUGUGGUUGAAUCUUUUGACUGAAGUUGGAGAUAUUCAGAUUAUCAACAAUCUCAACUCUACUAUUCCAGACUCAGACCACUGUUCAGCACUGAUCAAGAUCAUGCCAGAUUGGAGCGAUAUCUACUUUGGUCACGUGACGUGGGGCGAGUACGCAGAAAUGCUGCGCAUCCUGAAGAAGUACGUGUUUCGCUACCGUACAUCACCACAGGACUCAACUUUAAUGCCUGGCUAUGAGAUGUCCAUGUCAUCCUAUCCGGGUGCUAUUAUUUCCAUAGACGAUUUCUAUCUCAUCUCCUCAGGUUUGGCCGUCAUGGAAACCACUAACCAUGUAUACAACCAUUCAAUCUAUGCAGGCAUCAAACCGGAAAAUAUAGUCUGGGAGGAAUUCCGCGGUAUGAUUGCCAACCGGUUGGCAAAAGACGGCAAAACCUGGCACGGAAUUUUCGCCAGAUACAACAGUGGGACCUACAACAACCAGUGGAUGGUUUUCGACUACAACAAAUUCAAAAAAGGAAAACCGUUAGAAAGUGGCGCGCUCUGGGUAAGCGAGCAAAUGCCUCUCUUCUUCAAAAACCAAGAUGUUACAAACGUGUUGGUCGAAAAAGGGUAUUGGGGUAGUUUCAAUAUCCCCUAUUUCCCCGAGGUUUACGAGAUGAGUGGGUAUAAAACCAUGUAUGAGACCCAGGGUACUUGGUAUUCCCACUCUGACGCACCCCGUGCUAAAAUAUUCGCUAGAGACCAGGGAAACGUUCACGAUAUGGACACUUUCAUGGAACUGAUGAGAUCCAACGAUUUCACCAAGGAUCCUUUUGCAGUUUGCAACUGUACACCUCCCUACAGUGCGGCAGGAGCUAUAUCUUCCCGAAAGGACCUGAAUCCUGCCACAGGAUCAGGUGUCCAGGAGCGCAAAAGUUCAGGAGCGACAGAUGCAAAGUUGACUAACAGUCAGCUGUUCAAGGAUUUGAAGUUUGUUGCGGUCUCGGGACCAAGCACGGGCACCGAUGCGAUGUUGCCAGUUUUCAAGUGGAGCGAAAGUCCGUUUCUGAAUCGGACGCAUAUGUCGUUGCCUGAUGAGUUCAACUUCCAUCCUGUCACUUAUAAGUGGCUGUAUGAACAGGGUAAUGCUAUUGCAUAGGAUAUAAAAUCGUGGCUGUGUGAAUAGGUUAAUACGAUCUAAUAAAGAGAUAAAUUCAUGGUAUCCAAUUCUUUAUUGUCAAAAUUUAACAACGUAACAAAUCGAAGGUUAAUAAAUCAAACACUUAUCACGAAAAAAUAAAAUAAACUACCCAGAACUAAAAAAACUAAAAAUUGUUUCAGGCACCACUAGCAAAAGAAAAGUCUUUGACCGCUGAUGGAAGUCGCAAAAAAUCAGAUUCAAAAUGAAUACUAAAAAUAACACAAUACAAAAUUAAGUUGAUGACAAGAAGAAACUAUUUCAUAUCACUGCAAAAAAAUCAAGAAACAAAAGAGUGAUAACAAAUUUUGAGAGAGAAAAAGCAAGAUUUUCCAAUAGGAAAAACUAAAACAAAACAGAGAUCAAAUGAAAAAUAUGAUUACCAUUCAGGUCUCAGGAAUUACAAAAAAUAAAAUACAGAUUGCUUUGAAGAAUAUAUAAAUAUAAGCUACCAUAUAUUACCACCAUUCAGGUCCCAGGGAAAAUGAAUACUUUUCCUUAAUCCAAGCCUCUAUUCCCUAAAAAUCUACUCUUUGAUGAAUAUCAAAUGGAAUUAUAUUAAUAAAUCUAGAGCUCAUGAACAUCAAUAACUGUCUUCUCAACAUGCUCAACUUAGAAUCUUGAACAAUAUACCUUAGCAAACUGUCUGGUCUUAAGUUGUGAAAUUUUCUAUCAAUCCUACAGAAUUUAUCUUUAUUUUUUAACUAUAUGUUUGAAGAGUCCAUUGAAAUAGAUUUGUCUUACUGUCAAAACUUUGAAAUCAACAAAUACAGAUUUACUUGGA